AUGAACGAGAAACACCGUGAAGAUCAACUCGAGCAUGCCUCGGACCAUGGUUCGACCGAAAAGGAAGGCGAAGAUGCUCUUACAGUCGAGGAAAAGGCGCACGAGAGGCGACUUUUGACCAAAAUCGACCUUGUCAUCAUGCCUCUUACAGCACUCCUGUAUCUUUCAGCAUACCUUGAUCGUGGGAAUAUUGGAAAUGCGCGGCUUCAAGGACUACAAGCGACGCUCCUUGUACUCUUGCCCGUCGUUUGUCAUAUACCAAUCUAUGCAGUCACAUAUAUCGCGCUCUCCAUUCCCGGGACCUUGUUGGCAAAGGCUUGGUUACCGUCCCGUUCCAUCUCGCUAGGGGCUUUGAUCUGGUCUGUCGCUGCGAGCGCGAUGGCUGGCGCGAAGAACUAUCCUUCCAUCAUAGUUUGUCGACUGUUUAUUGGGAUUGGAGAAGCUAUGUUUGGCCAAGCAGUCGCACUCUAUUAUUCGAUGUGGUACAGAAAAGAUGAGGUAGCUAAGCGGCUCGGGUUCUUCAUUGGUGCUGGUGUUCUCGCGGGUGCAUUCGGAGGUCUCAUCGCAUACGGCGUGGCCCAUGUUCACACUUCCAUCGCACAUUGGCGCAUUCUCUUUAUGAUCGAAGGCCUUCCCUCGGUUCUAUUGGCCAUUUGCGUCUUCAUCUUUCUUCCCUCCAUACCCUCGCAGUCUAAAUACCUCACGGAAGAAGAGCGUGAUUUGGAACUCAAAAGGCUGAAUCUCGAUUCACUCAACGAAGGAAACACUGGAGUAGACUGGAAGGGAGUAAAGCGAUCACUAACCGACCCAAAGGCCUGGAUCACUGCAGUACUUUACUCAUGCAUGAAUCUCACUCUGGGGAGUGUUAGCGGAUUCUUGCCUACUAUCGUCAAGAGCCUUGGCUAUAGCAAUGCAGAUGCUCAACUGUAUACAGUGCCCCCAUACGCGGUUGCCCUUGUGUUCAUGACCAGCGUAGCGGCUAUCUCCGACCGUAUGAAGGUUCGCGGACUCUUCUUUUGCGUGGUAAUAGGCGGCUAUGCAGCGAUCCCAUUGAUUAUGGCGUGGGUCUCGAAUAAUUCGCCUUCACAGUCCCAACGCGCUACAGGACUUGGUAUGCUCAACUCGGUCGGACAAUGUCUUUCGAUCCUUGCCGCCUUUAUCUUCCCUUCGCGGGAAGGACCAAAGUGGCACAAGGGAUUUGGUGUCAAUCUGGCGUUUAAUCUCCUCGCAAUUUGUAUCUCACUCGGUCUGACCAUCUACUUCCGCACGGAGAAUCGCAAGAGGGAUCAGCGUGAAGGAGGUCGACCGGCCGAGGGUACGCCGCUCAAGUUUGACAAUUACGACCGUAGUGUCGGAUUCAGAUACACACUCUGA